ACAUUACAGGAUUUACUUAACAUUAUAUUUCAGGUAUGAGCAAGAGUGAUCCUCUUUUUACUCAGAAGAGUCAGCUGUGCAAACAGUUAGGUCUCCCAGUAACUGGAAAAUACCACCUUCAUACUGGGCAUCAGCCAGUGGAAAACCGUCUUUUAGCCUACUUACGAGUUCAAGUCAUUAAGGAUGAUGACAUACUGAAGAUCAAUGAAGAGCAGAAUGUUGACUGGCUCCUAAAUGAAGAUAUACACAGUACAGAUCACCUAACCCAGGACGCUCUUGUGUUUCUUAAAACAAGAAUUACCUUAUUACUUAGAGCAUAUCCUACUACAUUAGAGGAUGAUGAAAAACUUCUACAAAAUGAGGAACUUUCAUUGAGACGCCGUUUAGCGGUGAUGUUGCGUCUGACAGAAAAACGAAUUUUAAGUUCUGCCUUUCAGUAUCUUAUUAACAUUUGUCAGAGUUAGCGGUUAUGGCUUAUCAGUGGUGUGGCUAACAUUACCCUAUAAACUGUUUUAAUCUGUUGGAUAAGAAGCGCCCGAUCAAUAUGGGAUGAAAACUGUGGUUAACAUGUAGGUAGAGUUGUUUGUUUAAUUACACACUCUGACUUACCAGCUUUGGCUUAUUGGUUUGGUAUUGGUCAUAACUGUGCUGACUUUCCGUAUAUUAAAAUAAUAUAAGUUUGUUACGUUCUGUGCAGACCUCAUUUUUCGUUACACAAAUGUGUACAUUAAUUGUUUGCUGUGUAGUUCCCUUAAUAUAUUUGAGUUAAGUUCAGAAAGACUGCAGUAUAUUACCUCUAGGAUUUUCUGUUAUAAUUAUAAUUUCUUCUUAAAAAAGAUUUAAAAUAAUUGUUCUUCGUUACUUGUUUGACAAGCCAACCUGUAAGGAGUCACUUUAUGACUUUAAUGACAUAUUUAUCUAGAUACAAAUAGAGAAUAAUAUUAACUUACAAACAUCUACUUAUCACUUAGUAAGCUGGUUGAAUACAAGUUCAACGAUAUUACUAUUCUAGCUGCCUUUUGAUUGGACAAUUUCUUAGGAAGAUGAUAUCAGUAUUGUCGCCACUAGUUUAUUUAUUUAACAAAAAAAAAUCAGUAUACUUUUUAGAAUUGUCAAUUUCAUCAAAACAAAAAAUCAAAAUGAUCCUGUCUUAUUGUAGAUACCAGAUUAUAUUAAGAACCUUAUGGCAUAAAGAGAGAUUGUACUGAAGCAUUAGGUUAAAGAUAUAUUAACUUGUACAUAUUAGCGUCGUCAUGUUAAAUAUUAAACUACUGAAAUUCUAAUUGAAGAUAAAUUAAUUCUUGUAGUGCAGAUGUUACACACAAAGUAUGUUUAUAGAAAACAAAUAUAUUGGUUAUUUUUACUAUAAGAAUUUUCCAUGUUACAAUAUAUAUACUUUUUCAUUUGACCAACAGUUACUUAUGUUAGUUUUCGCUAUAAAUAUGGAUGUUAGAAACUUUUAAAAUUUAAGAGAAAAUUUGUGAUUAAAUUAUGCAAGCCCUAGAAUGUUGUGGAUUUGUUUAUCACGUUAUACAACAUUUUUCUUGUACUGUAAACUUGAGUUAUGCAAGACUUUUAAAAAUCUAAAUUGUACUGAUUUUGAACCUGUUUCUACUGACGGUGAAAAUGUUUUAAUUUCAAUCAUCAUUUUAUUUACCAUUUUCAAUAAAAAUGUAAACUAAUCAAUGCAUUAGCAAAAACUGCUGGAAUAAUCUUUGUCUGUAUUGUUCCUUUCGUGUGCGAGUUAUAAUAUGCUAUUAACUAAUUAAAAUAAUUUAGUGCAAUUAGACAAGCUAAUGUUAUUAAUAUUAUUAAAGUCGAAGCUCUGAUUUGUAACAGUAGCUUGACAAUCUUGUUUUAUAUCGUUUGAAAUAAACAAGUUUGAAAUGUCUGUAAUGUGUCUGUAUAACCUUUUUGAGGGAAAUAAACUAUGAUUGAGCUUAAGUAAUAAUAAAUUAUCAA